GAUCUAAGACACACACACACACUCAUACUGUAGUGUGUACCCAAAAUGACGACGAGAGAAUCGGCGACGGUGGAAUCCGGCAACGGUAUCAACCUGGAUGCUCGAAUCUACAAACCAGCACACGAAGACAACGAUUCAAGCAGAGAUGACCAAAAAAUUGCAGUCGUUUUAGUCCACCCUUAUUCAGUGUUAGGUGGUUGUCAAGGCCUUAUGAAGGGCAUUGCUCGUAAUCUAGCUGAUCAUGGCAUUCCCGCCGUCACCUUCGACAUGAGAGGCGUCGGUAAGUCCACCGGAAGACCUUCCCUCACCGGAUUCUCCGAAGUCUCCGACGUCGUUGCGAUCUGCAAAUGGACUUCUCAAAACUUAUCGUCAAAUCGGAUUCUACUUGUUGGUUCCUCCGCAGGCGCACCAAUUGCAGGGUCUGCUGUUAAUGUGGUAGAUGAAGUUGUGGGUUACGUGAGCCUGGGUUACCCUUUUGGGUUAACUGCUUCGAUUCUGUUUGGAAGACACCAUAAGGCGAUUUUGCAAUCUCCAAAACCUAAACUUUUUGUGAUGGGGACGAAGGAUGGGUUUACGAGUGUGAAACAAUUGGCCAACAAGAUUAAAACUGCAGCAGGUCGUGCAGAAACACAUCUUAUUGAAGGAGUUAGUCAUUUCCAAAUGGAAGGUCCUGCUUAUGAUACUGAAAUGGCCAAUCUUAUAGUCACAUUCAUUUCCUCUUUGUGAUAUGAAUAUAUGUCAUGAUAUGAUAUACCAGAUAACAUGUGUCAUUGUAAGCUGUAAUUCCUUAUAACUUGUUGUAUUGUAUUAUUCAUCUGUUAAAGAAAAUUGUGUCAUUGUAGAACUAUAAGCCAAUAGUGUUCAUGUCUGCACUAACAUGUAACAGGAUCACCUUGUAUUGCUUUUACACCAUUUCUUUUUCUUACACCCUUUUGCUCCAAAA